AUGUCCUUCUUGAGCUUUUACAACGAUCACCAUGGUGCCAGGGCUGACGAAGAACUACUGAAUUUCAUUGAAGAGGAUCGAUGGAAUGAAGCUGAUUUCUUCGCCAGGACCAAUCCCCUUGAAAUCAAAUGGACGACUAAUGUUCCUCAGUUCUAUGAAGGUGUGAAAAAAGUGAAGGUUCUGGCUAUUCACGUUGCUUGCAAGCGACAACCCCCGCCUUCUUUCCUUUCAACGUUGUAUCAGAUUAAUUCGAAGGGGUUUGUGAAAGUAGAUUCAGUUUACAAAAGAACACCGUUGCACGUUGCUUGCAUGAAUGUUAUGGAACCAACAUCUCUGAUAAAGUUGAUCGAAUUGUGUCCAAAGGCAGCCAAAGUAAAGGAUGCUCUAGGUCGACUUCCAAUGCAUUAUGCAUGUAAGAAUCCCAAGAUGGAUUCUAUAGUUGGAGAUCUGUUAAAGGCGCACCCAGGAGCUGCACUCGUCAAAGAUCAGCAGGGCUUUUUGCCGAUUCAUGUUGCUUGCAGAGUAGGCCAAUCAGUCGACACGAUUCGUUUGCUUAUUUCUACAGCUCCAGAAUCAAAGAAGAAGAAGACCAAAAAGGGUUCGACUCCGUACAUGUGUGCAAAGAAUAUGAAGGCUGCUCACAGAGAGCAAGUAAUGGAACUUGUUAGUCAAUGA